ACCCCCCCCCCAGUACGGAGGCCACCAUGAGACUAAAGGACAACAAGACAACAGGAUAAAAACUAAAAACGACACAACAAAAGACACAAAAAGACUAAAAAAAACACAAAAUGACCCAAAUUGUUGGGCUAAACCCAAAUCAAAUGGAGUCCCACUAGAAUAACAACCAGAGUUGAUGACAGGAUCACAUUUGUUUAAUUGAGGUUGAUAUGGGAGCUUUGAUUUGGAAAGUGUGCAGUAUUUGCCUGUUGAUUUGAUUUGAAUAUGAAAAUGAUUCCUGCCUCUGUUUGUGCCUCCCACUUUGAAUCAUUCCUCGGAAUGAUUCAAAGUUUGAACUUUGAAUAAUUCUGAAGAAUUGCACACGAUCAUUGUGUUGCAACAGCAGCGAGUCUGAAGUCUCACAUUCACCAGAAGGAGAGAGGAAAGAAGAUGUUGGUGCUUUUUCUGCUCCUGACGGCUGGGCCAGGCCUGUGUGUGCGUGACUAUUACUUCAUUGGAGAACAGAAGAACUUUAGUGAAGCACAGCGUUUCUGCAGACACAGGUUCUCAGACCUGGCCACCAUAGACGGCAAUGAGGACGUGGACAUCCUCAACAUGAUAGCAACACAAGAAGUCCCUCACGCCUGGAUCGGCCUGUACGACAGCGUGGACAGCUGGAAGUGGUCGCUGUCAGACACAAGCUUCUACCGAGCAGGAGAGGAGGAGUUCAGACGGUGGAAACCAGGACAACCAAGCAAUGCUCUAGGUGUAGAACACUGCACAGUGAUUUUAACAGAUGGACUAUGGUACGACGUCAGCUUCACAGCCAGCAGACGGGCCGUCUGCUCUGAUGUCACAGGGCAGGAUGUGACAUUUGUCCUCACUGAUGACCACAUGACCUGGGCCAAGGCCCAGAGCUACUGCAGAAAACACCACACAGACCUGGCCAGUGUGAGGAACCAGGCAGAGAACCAGAAGGUCCAGGAGCUGGUUCAAGCAGCAGGAGGAGAUCGAAAAGCCUUUAUUGGCCUCUACAGAGACUCCUGGAAGUGGUCCGAUGGAAGCAACUCCUCCUUCAGAUACUGGAUCUCAGGGGAACCUAAUGGUUACAAUGAGAACUGUGCAGCAGCAGAUUUCAGCUCCUACUCUGGACAAUGGGCGGACGUGACCUGUGACCAGAGGUUGCCUUUCAUUUGCAACGGUCCAGCUAAGUGCAUCUUUGAACUAUAUGAUGAGAGUGAGGAUGAGUCUUAAGGGCCCUGAUGUGAUGGAGGGAAUGCUGAAGAAGAAGCUGAAGGACCAGGGGCUGAAUGACGACGUCACACUGAGCUGGAGGAAGCAGCAGAUGGAAAAGUCUUCCACAAGGAGAAGAAGAAGAAGAAGACGAGCUUUAAUUUAGAUUUGCUGUUUAUUAGAGAAAAGUGUGUUUCUUUCCUCAGAGUCCUCGUGUGAUGUGUGAGUAUAGAGCUGCAACAAUUAGCUGAUUAAUCCACUCGUUGCAGCUGUUUUUAUCAUCAAAUCAUCAUUUUAGUCAUUUUACAAGCUCAAAUAUCUGCUGCUUCCAGCUUCUCCAAUUGAAAUAUGUAAUGCUUUUAUUUGUCAUAUAUGGUCACAAACUUAUAUUUACUUAUAUACUAACUUGAUUUAGUAAAUAUGAAUUCAUGUGUUUGGGCUGAGCGAAAUUAUCACAAGCAAUGUUUUAUUAUUUUUCACAUUUUAUAGGUAAGAUAAUAUAAAUGAGAUCUGACUGGAGUCAACUCCAGAGAAAAUCCACCUUUAAACUUUAAUGUUGUGUGGAAACAUUCAAAUCUACUUUCAUGAGUAAAAACAUCUUUCUUCAUUUGAGUUAAUAUAUCGCACCAAAACAUGCCAAACAGUUCUGAGUUUUCAAAUAUGAAUAUUUAAUGCAUUUCUUUGUCAUAUAUGGUCUUAAACUUAUAUUUACUUGACGUAUAUUAUUUUAACGUGUUGGUUUAUUAAAACAAGUCAUUUUAAUGUACGUGUGUGUGCUGUGGGGAUUUAAAACAGAUUUUUCAAUAUUUUCUGACAUUUCAUCGAUGAAAUUAAUAAAAUUAGAUUACACAUAUUCUUUAUGAUGAGAUCAGAUACUUGAUGUUUUGUUUUAGAAAUUAAAGUUUCUCUGGAAAUACUGCUGUUAUGACAUUUUUAAAUAAUAGAGUUUAUGAUUAAAUAAAAAUAAUAUGUAACAAAGUAAAUGUAUGAUGAAAUAACGUAAUAAUGUUUUUAUUGAAUUCAAUAAAUGUAUUCAAUUAUUUCACAAAUUGUUGGUUUAUUAAUAUAGCUGUGGAGUAAAGUCAGACUUUGGUAAAACUGCCUGUAAAAUGAUCAGCGGGCUGGAUUAUAUAACAGCCCGUAUUAAUUGAUCUGGAACAGCCAAUAAGAUGUCGCAAAAAGUGGUGAAAGUGCUGAAGAAGCUUUAUGAAGAAUAUCUAGUGACAGUCACAAUAAGAGACAAUAUUAACUAACUAACUAUUAACAGAGCCAUGAUGGCAUGGUUAAAAAAAUGCAGACUGAUAAAAUGCACAAGUACUUAAAUCCUACUUAUUGUGUUAUUUGUAGUUGUUAAUAAAUGAUCAAUUAGAUCACUAGAUACAAUAAGAGUGGUUAUAUUAUCAGUAGGCUGAUAAUAACAGCUGUAUGUUCACAGUUAGCUGGAGGCUAAUCUGGAGAACUCGCAACUAAAAUUAAUUUACUGUAAAUUGGCCUAACUGGGUGAAGUAACCCUGUCCUAUAUUAAUUAUUCUGUUACAUCUCAACAGGAGAAAUCUGAACAGACAAAAGGACUUGGACAGUGAAAACGUAAUAAUGUUUGGGCUUUAUCUUCAUUCUACAGAUUGUGUUUAAUAACCAUGCAGCUUGCUGCAGGACACUGAGAAAUUAAAUAAUAAUUGAUAAUUAACAUAAUCAGCUAAGAUGCUCUUUGACACGUUUUUGUUUACAGGAUGUCGGUGCGAUCUGC